UCCGCUCCCCGCUGUGUGGCGCGAGUCAAAUGAACAAUUGACCAAAACACAAACACACAAAGUGAUGAUUGUACAGUUGCUCUGUUAUGCUGGAUAGCUGAGAGAAAACACAUUUUUGAAAAAGCGCAAGUUAAACGUGUUGGUGAACCGGAAGUGCGUGCGUUUAUUUGUGGAGGAUCAUGCCGCGGAGGAAGAGAACAGCAGGCAGUAGUUCAGAUGGGACAGCUGAUUCUGAUGACUCUGGAGAUCACGAGAAGACCGACAGCUCUCACAGUGAAGCCAACCAGCGUAAUAACACCCGUAUGACCCGAGCGUCACUGCGUCUGAGUCAAAGCUCACAAGAUGCCCCGGCAGAUGUGAAGCAAGCGACAGAGAGGGAUGAGUCUCCCCCCAGGACGCCCACAGGAAACGCCCCAUCAUCUGAGUCGGACAUUGACAUUUCCAGCCCCAACGCCUCCCACGACGAGAGCGUGACUAAAGACCACAAGGACUCUGGCAGCGAUCCCUCUCAUCGGCCCAAACGCCGGCGCUUCCAUGAGAGCUACAACUUCAAUAUGAAGUGCCCCACACCUGGUUGCAAUUCUCUGGGACAUUUAACUGGGAAACACGAGCGACAUUUCUCCAUUUCUGGUUGUCCUCUGUACCAUAACCUCUCAGCAGAUGAGUGCAAGGUUAAAGCCAUCGAGCGUGAGAAACAAGAGGAAGAACGCAGUCAGGGUCAGAAUGAGGAGAACAGACAUGCUACUCGACAUCAGGCUCCAACUCCAAGACAGGUUCGAUACAAGGAGAAAGUAAUGGAGAUAAGGAAAAGAAGGGAUUCUGGCCUGACAAAAGAGCAAAAAGAAAAGUAUAUGGAGCACCGUCAGACACAUGGGAACAGUCGUGAGCCGCUGCUGGAGAACAUCACCAGCGAAUAUGACCUGGAGCUCUUCAGAAAGGCACAGGCCCGUGCAUCAGAGGAUCUGGUACGAUCUUCUAACCCAACAGAGCAUUUCCGUAAUGGAAGAUUAGAUGACAAAAAUGAGAAGCUUUGUCUACAGGGUCAGAUCACAGAAGGCAAUAACAUGAUCAAAACCAUUCUGUUUGGUCGUUAUGAGCUGGACACCUGGUAUCAUUCGCCCUACCCUGAAGAGUACGCCAGACUGGGGCGUCUGUACGUCUGCGAGUUCUGCCUCAAGUACAUGAAGAGUCAGACCAUCCUGCGCAGACACAUGGCCAAGUGUGUGUGGAAACAUCCCCCUGGUGAUGAGGUGUACAGGAAAGGUGCCAUUUCUGUGUUCGAGGUCGAUGGAAAAAAGAACAAGAUCUAUUGCCAGAACCUGUGUUUGCUGGCCAAGCUGUUUUUGGACCAUAAGACAUUGUACUAUGACGUGGAGCCUUUCCUGUUUUAUGUCAUGACUGAGGCUGAUAACACUGGCUGUCACCUGGUGGGAUAUUUCUCAAAGGAGAAGAACUCUUUCCUGAAUUAUAACGUGUCUUGCAUCCUGACUAUGCCGCAGUACAUGAGGCAGGGCUACGGGAAGAUGCUGAUCGAUUUCAGUUACCUGCUGUCUAAGGUAGAAGAAAAGGUGGGCUCUCCGGAGCGGCCUCUUUCAGAUUUGGGCCUCAUCAGUUAUAGAAGCUACUGGAAGGAGGUGCUUCUGCGUUACAUGUGCAACUUUAAGGGCAAGGAGAUCUCAAUUAAGGAGAUCAGUCAGGAGACGGCCGUAAACCCGGUGGACAUCGUCAGUACUCUGCAGUCCCUUCAGAUGCUCAAGUACUGGAAGGGCAAGCAUCUGGUCUUAAAGAGACAGGACCUUAUCGACGAGUGGAAGGCCAAAGAGACCAAAAGGGGCAACAACAACAAGACUAUAGACCCCAGCUGUCUGAAGUGGACCCCUCCCAAAGGAACCUAGUGGACUUGUUUUCGUACAUCAGAUCUUUCUAUGACAUUGACUCUUUCAGUAAUGUGUUUUUGCAAAGAUUUGAGCUAUUGGUGUCAUUUUUUUGUCUUUUUUAUGUGCCCUUUGUAACACUGAAAAUCUCACUUUUGUUUUUUACAGUGCUAUUUAUUUUUGGACUUUUUCAGAAUGUUUCACUGGCAAGUUGCUUCUGUGCCCCUGUGUAUGUUGUUUUAAAAUUUUAAAGCAAAAAAUCUUUAUUCGAUAGAAUGUAGUAAAAGAUUUGGGGCCUUGCAAAAAGCGUCAAUAUUUUCAAUCUGUUAAAUACACUUUUAUUCUCUUCA